AUGACGCUGGACGAAUGCCGUAUCUGCCUUUCCCGGCUGGAGAAUGUGUUCCGACUGCUAAAUAUCAAGAUCAGAGAAGCGGAAGACGACGAAGUCUAUACGUGGUAUUUGGAAUCAUACUUGGUGGGCGCGGGCUCUCGAGAAUACCUGGCACUCAACCAAAAACUCGUCAAGAUGAUAUCUCUGCUGCACUACGUAGUUAAGUACAGCCAAACCUACUUCCGUGAGUCGCGAGCGGCUUUGUGGAUUCAUGAAAACACCGACCCAUCCGCGCCUCGAAGGCCGUCAAUCAAGAAUGAGUCAGUCACACCGAGUCGACGCAGCUCUGCCCAAGCCUCCAUUGGUACGAGAGACACCAUGCAAAGUGCGGACCCGGUGCUACCACAGACCACAGUUGACAUGGAGGCUUCAAUGUUGGAGAAAAAAUUGGACCAGAAGAUGGAGGGCAUUCGGUCCACGUUGGAAGCGUUGAUGGCAAGCCUUCCAACAACUGCAUUACCUCGUCCUUCACCAAGCCAGUCGCAGAACCGAUAA